CGUGUCACCGAUAGUAGGCGAUACAACAAUUAUUAUUUCCAGUCGCUGGUCGUAGAGAGCCAGAAGAGGUGUGUGUAGACUAUUGCUCGGACAAAAAUACUUUGAACGGUCGUGUCCAUCUCAGAGCCGGUACCCCGUAUGACGAAGUGCUUCUGCUGCUAAGAAAAUAAGAAGCCUCGUAGAGUGCUGCAAGGUGCGUCAGAGGUGGUGGAAAUGGCGUUACCAUUUCUGCCCGGCAACCAAUUCAACCCAAAGCUUGGGUCGGAGAGGUUCCACAAGUCCCACUGCUUUGACUACAACAACCAAGUGUCGGGCUAUGUCGGCUUCAACAAAUCCGGAAUAGGUGGAGACCGUUUACCUGGUGCAGCACCUCCUCCAGAAUUCAGCAAAUUCCCGACUGGCAAGGGCGGCUCGCAGCCGUCGUGGGUGGCCUUCGAUAGGCAAGUCCUCCGCUUCUACGCAUACUGCCAGGAGCCGGUGCAUGAGAAGAGAGAAGAACGGUCUCGCACCAGAAGGGUGCAGAUCUACUUCUUCCUGGAAGACGAUACCAUCCGAGUUGUGGAGCCAAAGCAGAAGAACAGUGCACUGCCUCAGGGUGACAUUAUACGCCGACACCGCAUUCCACGGCCGUCUCCAGCUGAUGGAACAUUCUACACCUUGGACGACUUCAAUGUUGGCCGAGAAUUAAGCCUCUAUGCCAAAUCAUUCAAGCUUGCGGCUUGCGAUCAGUUCACGCGUAACUUUCUGACGAAGAUCGGCAAGACGGUCCCCGAGGAUGACGGAGUGCCAACGGAUGAAUACACGGAACACAGAACGGCUAUGGCAGAGAGUAUGCAGCCGAUGCGCCCGUACGAGCGCUACGACACCCUGAAGCAGUUCCUGGACAAUGACCGCAAGGUACUGCGCUUCUACGGCAUCUGGGACGACACGAACAACAUGUUUGGUGAAGUACGUGAGAUGGUCCUGCACUAUCACCUUGCCGACGACACUGUAGAGCUGCUGGAAGUGUACAAGGCGAAUUGCCAGCGAGAUACCAUUCCCAUCUAUCUGCAUCGUGUCCAGCUACCAAAGGAACCUCACACGGUACCACAGCCGGGUCAGACGGUGAGCAGAACGAUCCUGAACGUCUUCGGUCCGAUGGGACAUGGCGGUCGACACAUUCUGGAUAACCUGAAGACUGGUGUAGAACCUGUCGAAUACUAUCACCAUUCGGAUCUGGCCAUCGGGCGUUCUGUCAAUGUGUUUGGACGCCGCCUGCUGCUAUGCGACGCUGAUGGCUUUACACGAAAGUUCUACGGUGCAGAGAGUGAAGAGUCCAUUGAUUAUCGCAUGGAGCGCUCGGAGGCACCACCGCGACCGCUACCACCACACAAUGACUACGGUACAUUGGAAGAUUCGCUGGCCAACUGCAAGAACCUGGUACCCAAGAAGCCGAAGGGCGACUUCGUCAAGUUCUACGAGAAGGACCGACAUGGAUUGGAUGGCCAUGUGCUUCGCUUCCUGGCUCGUCUGGAGACCAAGCUUCCCAUCGACAAGGAUCGACGGUUCGUGAUAUCGGUGUUCUUAUCCGAUGACACUGUGGCUGUGUUUGAGCCACCGCAGCGUAACUCCGGAGUAAUCGGCGGAAACUACUUGUCACGCGGUCGCGUGGAGAACCCCGACAAAGAGCCAGAUCCUAUCACCAGUCACCCACAAUUCUACUUACCAGAGGACUUUGCUGUGGGCCGUGUCAUUGUAAUGAACAAGCACAGCUUCAGCCUGCUCGAUGCAGAUGACUAUGUGUUCAAGUACAUGGAAGAGAAUGCACAUGAGUUCCAACAAUCUGAUAUUGGAUCAAUCGUUGCCACUAUCCGAGCAGAGGCGAUGGAAAGAGAAGAUGCAUUCCGGUCAUCGUUCGAGGAGGGCCUUCACUCCGGUGACAGCAAGAUGGAGUCAGCUGAGUUUACCGCCAUCUUGGCCAAUCUCGUCCCUCGCCUGAUCGGUCACGAGGUCAUGACGGUUGCACGUUAUUACAGUGAUCCAAAGGCAACUGGAGUAGCCGUGGAGACAGUGGCGGCAACCGCCCAAGAGCAGCUCAAGAAGGUGAACUUUGAGAGCUUCGCCAGACUGCUGGACAUCUUCCGCUAUGAAGACGAGGCGAGGUCUGGACACCUGCCACGGUCGGAUGUGCGUCGCCUGUGCAUGUCGUUCAAGGUGCCACUGACCAAGGAAGUACUCGGCACAUUGCUAGAUCGAUGUCCACGCAACGAACAAGACGAGCUGAACUACGAGGCACUGGUCGAUGCCAUCAACUGGAGACAGAAGCCACGGCCGGCUGGCAGCAACGAGGCAGCUACCACUCAACACGCACUGGCCAGCUUUGCGUACCCUGAACCAUCUGCGGGACAGUCGACUCCGUCCGCAGUGAGCUACGAUCGCUUCUUGAGGGAUCUCUUCGGAGGCUGAGCAAAAGUUUGAUGUGUGCCCUGCCAACGCCACCCGGGCCGUCUCCCCUGUGCGCAGUGCGGUUACCAGCGUACUACACAGGCCCAGACCUCCCAGCCGGGCCCCACGUCCCAGUCCGGGCCCCACGGCCCGGUCGACAUGUACAACUCCUCGUCCAUACCACCCUGGUCUACGGACCUGGGUGAGAUACCAUAGUUCCUGUGUUUGUAUCUGACAGUACUCGAAAAUAGUACUGUACAAGAGCAUGACUGUAUCAUUUUCAAGUUUAUUACAACAUGCGAAAUUAGUCAACUACCGUUUAUGACAAAAUUGAAAACAGCACAAAUUUCAUAGUGUAACGUAUGCACUUGUCUUGAACAUAAUCUAAAUCAGCUCAAUAGGAGCCAUUUUCCAAGGUCUACAUGAGUUCCGCUGUAUAUACCGUACAUUUCCAGAUCAAAGAAUAUGCUAUACAUAACCGUAAGUUGGUUGGA